UUUCUUAGUCACCACGUAGCACCGUCUAACUCCACGUGUCUCGGAACCCAAAUUUCCAUAUACCCGCCAUCUUCACACCUCCACAACCUCAACCCGCUUUCAAACUAUGUACCGUUUCAAAAAACAAUCUCUUCACUUCCUUAAAUCCAAUUACAAAUUCUUCUCUAAUCAAACCCAUCUCCAAAAUGCCGGGCCAAUGGCUACCCAUCUCAGGACCCGAUCCGUUAUCCGUUUCACCGGACCCGAAACCGUCAAAUUCCUUCAAGGUCUUGUUAGUAACGAUGUGCGCAAGUUAGCCGACCCGCAACCCGAGGAUAGGACAACCUUGGCAACUACGAAUGUCCCGUUUGUCUCGGUUCCUCCGGUUUAUGCUGCUCUGUUGACUCCUCAAGGAAGGUUUUUGUAUGAUAUGUUCUUGUACAGGCCGGGCCGGGCUGAUGAGAAGCUUGAUCGGACCGGGUCUGGGCCUGGCCCGAGCCCGGACACGGGGGAGGUUGAAUUGUUUGCUGAUGUUGAUGGGUCUGAAUUGGAUGAGCUUUUGCAGACACUGAAAAAGUAUCGGUUGAGGUCUAAGGUUGAUAUAGAGAGCGUGGCUGAUGAUUUCUCUUGCUGGCAGAGGUUUGGCCAAGAUUUAGGGCAGAAUUCCUCUGUAGAGCCAGAUGCUGCCUCCCUUGGAUGGGGUGGUGGGUUUGAUCGCUCUGGCCAGUCAUCUUCACAAGGAAACAAUUACGGUUGGCAAUGGUAUAGAGAUCCCAGAUUAGAUUGCCUUGGAUUUAGGGGCAUUUUUUCAUCCAACACAACUCCACCUUUGGUUGAGGCAGACAAAGAAACAAAUGAAGAGAAUUAUCUUCUGUGGAGGUUGGAGAAGGGAGUUGCAGAAGGCUCAGCUGAGAUUCCUAAAGGUGAAGCUGUGCCACUCGAGUACAAUCUUGCUGGUUUAAAUGGAAUAAGCUUUGAUAAAGGAUGCUAUGUGGGCCAAGAACUCAUUGCUCGCACACAUCAUCGUGGGGUCAUUCGGAAACGGUUGCUUCCCCUUAAGUUUUUGAAUGAAAGUGGAAAAGAGGUGGAACAAAAAGUUGCUCCAAAGUCAGAAGUAAUUGAUGCAUCAUCUGGAAAGAAAGCAGGAACUGUCACAACCGCCCUUGGAAGCUGUGGUUUGGGUCUUCUGCGCUUGGAUGAAGCCUUUAAAGGCUCGUUAGCAAUUCGAGGUCUGGAUGAUGUCAAGGUCCAGGCAAUUAAACCAGGGUGGUGGCCUGCUGAAUGGGCAUCAGAUCACCAAGAACAGACUGCAGCUGUAUAGAGUGAGAUCCUUGUUAUUGACUGCUCAACAUCCUGCCAGUGUUGGCAAAUUACUCCUUUCGAGUUUCAGAGUUCCUUCCUUUUUUUGAAGAUUAUCACUUCAUAGAUAUGAAGAACAGAAAGGAAUAAGACGGCUCAUCAGACUAGAGAAUUUUGUUAUAGCAGCUCAUGUUUGUUGUACCAAUAUAUUCUGUUAUUGACAUAAUAAACAAACAUGUCGACCUUAGGACACUGUGUACAUGUUUGGGAUGAAUUUUUUAACAGUUGUUGCGCCACUAAUUAUUAUUUUGGUUCACAA